CACAAAUUAUUUUCCUUCAGGGUUAAAUAGGUUCUCACAUCUACAUACAAGACAUGUGCUAGUUCACAUUAGUUAUACAGUGUACUACUAACGACUGUCAGUGUUACAGGCUCAUGUUAUGUCUGUCACCGUGGUGGAGCUGGUUGGUAUGCUUAUUUUCGGUUUAUUGUUUCAGUUUUGCCCCUGCAUGACAUUACCGGGACUCACAGGGGGGUCGCUGAACAAAAUUAUUGCUGGAUCUGUGUUCCGUAUUUUUCGUACCUCGUCCUUCCAGCAGUGUUACCGACUGUGUGUCUACUCGUCAGACUGCGCAUCGGUCAACUGGAGGUCAACUACUAGAGAAUGUCAGAUCAACUCACAGGAUAACGAGGCUGGCGGUUUGGUAGAUUCCAAAUUCAACAUCUAUGUACCAGUUGGACGGAUGCUGCGACAGAUGAGUCCAUGCAACGAACGCCCUUGUUCUACCAAACACAUGUGCGUCCCUGUCAUCAAGUCCACAUCCCACAUAUGUGUUAAUCUCGGUGACUACACAUACCUACCAUCCACAUCAGAAAGACCAACUCCGGAAUCAGGAACAACUACCGAAGAGCAACAGACAACUACCAUGGAUGAAGUAACCGCUACCCCAGAUCAAGCCACGGCUACACAAGAACAACCUACUGCUACCACAGAGGAACAAACGGCUACCCCAAAUCAAACCACAGCUACCCAAGAACAACCCACAACUAUCACCGAGGAACAAACAGCUACCCAAAAUCAAACCACAGCUACCCAAGAACAACCUACUCCUACCACAGGGGAACGAACGGCUACCCCAAAUCAAACCACAGCUACCCAAGAACAACCCACAACUAUCACAGAGGAACAAACAGAUACCCCAAAUCAAACCACGGCUACCCAAGCAUCACCUACUCCUACCACAGAGGAACAAACGGCUACGGCAAAUCAAACCACAGCUACCCAAGAACAACCCACAACUAUCACCGAGGAACAAACAGAUACCCCAAAUCAAACCACGGCUACCCAAGCAUCACCUACUCCUACCACAGAGGAACAAACGGCUACGGCAAAUCAAACCACAGCUACCCAAGAACAACCCACAACUAUCACCGAGGAACAAACAGCUACCCCAAAUCAAAUCACGGCUACCCAAGAUCUACCUACUCCUACCACAGAGGAACAAACGGCUACCCCAAAUCAAACCACAGCUACCCAAGAACAACCCACAACUAUCACCGAGGAACAAAGAGCUACCCCAAAUCAAACCACAACUACUACAGAAGAACAAACGGCCCCAGAUCAAGUCACGGCUACCCAAGAACAAUCAACUAUCACGGAGGAACAUACGGCUACCCCAAAUCAAACCACGAUUAGCCCAGAACAACCUACAACUACUCCAGAGGAACAAACAACCACCCCAGAUCUAACCACAGCUGCUACCGAAACAGCAACCCAAACACCGUCCGCAACAUGUGACAGAGACAGCGACUGCAAUUCCUUCCCCGAUACGACCUGCUCUGAUGGCCUAUGCACCUGCAGCAUUGGAUACGACCUAGACUUGGCCAGAGACGUGUGCAGGAGUAUACAGGAAUGUUCCAGUUUGGGAUCAGACUUUACCAAAUAUCGGUCGAAGUACAUCUACCAACACAACACGGAAGAGAUAAAGCCAUCCACGCUGUCGGAGUGUUCACAGGUGUGCCUGGCAGCAAGCUACACCUGCAAGACCUUUGACAUGAUCAAUGGUGGUUGCUACACACAAGAGGUCACCUGGUUUGAAGUCGCAUAUUAUAAACGCAAAUCAUCAACAUCCUAUGGGGAUAGCGACCAUUACCAACGUAGAUGUAAUUGGUGAGACAGAUGAUCCCCAAACCAUAUGUAGGUCUUGAUUAUUAUGAUAUAAGUCCUGCAUUAUGUCUUAAGAAUGUGUUCGUGUUUGUUGUUCAACGCCACUCCGUGCAAUAUGCCAGCUGUAUGACGAAGGCCUGAGAAUGAUCCAGUCUGGAUCAGGCAAUCCCGUGAUUAAUGCCAUAUACGAUCUUCGCCGUCUGACGCGUUGACCACCUGAUCGAUUCAGUCGCUUCUAUCGAAAUCUUCUUGCGGAAUCAUAAUUAAAAUGAAUUCUUUCAAUCUUAAGACAAAUACUCAUUUGUCAAUCAGAGGUUUCUCACAUAUCUCUCUCUCUCUCUCUCUCUCUCUCUCUCUCUCUCUCUCUCUCUCUCUCUCUCUCUCUCUCUCUCAACAGCUGGGUUUUAAGUUUGGUGUGUUUAUCAACUCUUUGUCUCAGAGGCAACAAGU